AUUGGCCGCCAUUUUGUGUUAGGCCCACUCUUCUAAAGCGGGAGAAAAUUAUUAGUCCGGCGCUCGGCACGUACGGACGGUCACCGCGGGACUGAAGGGAGCAGCCACAGACGCCGUGUAUCCAAGAGAAUAAAACGGGGAAAAGAAGCAGCCGGGAGGUGUCAGUUGGUUUGCGCCAUGGAGGGCGAAGUUGUUUCCAUCGAGACCGCUCAGACUGCUGCCCUGGCUGCUGAUGGAAAGGUCCUGCAGGAGGGUGGAGACGCCUUGAUACAAGGGGCAGCCAUAGCUGCACAGGGGGGUGUGACUGGUAACAUGGAGAUGAUGGUGAUGGACGCUCUCGAUCCAACCCUUCUGCAAAUGAAGACGGAGGUGCUGGAGGGCGGUGGCACAGUGACUGUUACUGGUGGAGAUGAGGGUCAGAUAAUCACGCUGCAGGUGGUGAAUAUGGAGGAGCAGACAGGAGCUGCGUUAGGUCUUGGGCAACUUCAGCUGGUGCAGGUACCUGUCACAACAGCAACCGUUGAGGGGCUCCAGGCCACCUUUGUUGAUGCAUCAGGAGCCAACAAGGACGCCGAGCCGGUUAUCUGUCACACUCUUCCCUUGCCCGAGGGCUUCCAGGUGGUAAAAGUGGGUGCCAAUGGUGAAGUAGAGACUGUAGAGCAGGAGGAGCUCCAGGCAGCCCACGAGGAGCUUCAAGGGACGAGGGGAGAGGAGGAGGAGGAGGAGGAGGAAGCGGAGGCAGCAGAAGUAGAAACCACUGUGCCUCAGCAAGAAGACCCAGAAUGGACCAAAGACCCAGACUACCAGCCCAUCACCACUGUCCGUAAAGGAAAGAAGGGAAAGAAGAGCCGCCUGCGAUACGGGGAGGGCGAUCGCGACAUGGACGUUUCUGUGUACGACUUUGAAGAAGAGCAGCAGGAGGGGCUGCUGUCAGAGGUGAAUGCUGAGAAGGUUGUGGGCAACAUGAAGCCACCAAAGCCCACAAAGAUCAAGAAAAAAGGUGUAAAGAAGACUUUCCAGUGUGAGCUGUGUAGCUACACCUGUCCAAGGCGCUCCAACCUGGACCGACACAUGAAGAGCCACACAGACGAGAGGCCACAUAAAUGUCACUUGUGUGGACGAGCCUUUCGUACAGUCACACUGCUGAGAAACCACCUCAAUACACACACAGGCACUCGGCCACAUAAGUGCACAGAUUGUGACAUGGCAUUUGUGACCAGCGGUGAGCUGGUGCGUCAUCGUCGUUACAAACACACACACGAGAAGCCCUUCAAGUGCUCCAUGUGCGACUAUUGCAGCGUGGAGGUGAGUAAGUUGAAAAGGCACAUCCGCUCUCACACAGGGGAGCGACCCUUCCAGUGCAGUCUGUGCAGCUAUGCCAGCAGAGACACUUACAAGCUGAAGAGACACAUGAGGACACAUUCAGGGGAGAAGCCAUACGAGUGCUACAUCUGCCAUGCCCGUUUCACACAGAGCGGCACCAUGAAGAUGCAUAUUCUGCAGAAACACACGGAGAACGUGGCCAAGUUCCACUGCCCACACUGUGAUACUGUCAUCGCACGCAAGAGUGACCUGGUUAGUGUUCACUUGCGAAAGCAGCACUCAUUUAUUGAGACGGGAAAGAAAUGCCGUUACUGUGAUGCUGUGUUUCAUGAGCGAUACGCUCUCAUCCAACACCAGAAGACUCACAAGAAUGAGAAGCGUUUCAAGUGUGACCAGUGCGACUACUGCUGCAGACAGGAACGCCACAUGGUAAUGCACAAGCGUACGCACACAGGGGAGAAGCCGUUUGCCUGCAGCCAGUGUGAGAAAACAUUCCGGCAGAAGCAGCUUCUGGACAUGCACUUCAAGCGCUACCACGAUCCCAACUUCAUCCCCACUGCCUUCGUCUGCAGCAAGUGCAACAAGACAUUCACACGCAGGAACACCAUGCUACGCCACACUGAAAACUGCAUGGGUGAAGUUGUUGAAGAAAAUGGAACUCCCACACCCAAAAAAGGUCGCCGGGGCAGGAAGAGGAAGAUGGCCAGGAGGGAUGAUGAUGGUGACACAG